AUGGAAAUUCAACGUCAUAUUGGCGAGCAGCUGGACUCCUUACUCAACGACUCCGACGGAGUUCAACUUUUUCAUGACUUUCUUUCUACGCGCUUCUCUUCUGGCCACCUCCUGGACUUUUGGUUCGCAUGCAAAGGAUUUAGGGCCAUUAUUGAUGGCGAUGAUCAACUUAAAUUACUUCAAGUUGCCAAGGCCAUCUACAGGACAUACAUCCGGACAGAUGCUGCCUCGUCUGUUCCGGUCAAUGAAUCCACGAAAAGGGAGAUACGUUCAACUCUCGCACUUUAUUCUCACGCAAACCACAAAAAUGUUGGUGGUGACAAAAAGCUUCCCAUGCUACGUUCCCUUUUCGAUGCUGCUCAAAUGGAUAUUCAGAAUACGCUUGCCCGAAGUUACUUUCUGGAUUUUUUACAUUCGGAUGCCUUCCGGCUAGUUCGGCAGUCACUUUUCAAUCCUGAAAUUCUCGCUAAUAUGCAGUCCACCAGUUUAGGUAGUUCAAAAGCUUGUACGAAACUGACCAGGCAACAAUCGGAGAAACAGUUCGCUUCCGACUCAUCCAACCAGCCUGCAAAUCGAGUUGGCGAUUUCAACGAGACCUUUUCAGCUUUUGGUUGUUCUGCCAACCAGUCCUCUGCCUCUCGGAACUUUGAAGAUUCAAGAAGCGUCUCAAAAUCUCAUUGUUCCGAUGCUUUGCAAAGGUUAGCGACCAAUCCAGUCUGA